GACAUCGUUUUACACCACUUUCCUAAUACAUAGAUAACCAAAAGAGCGCACCGAUAUUCAUAAUCAAAGUCGCACGGUCGCACCCCCUUCACUCUCUCACGAAGUCCUUUGAAGGGCACAAGCCAAGAUCUUUGUGAGGACUGUGGAGGAAAAAAAUAUGUUCUACAGAGGUAAAUAUGCGGAUGGGCUUGAUGGGCGUGAUAUGGGUCCAAAGCGGCAGCGUAUAACUGAUCAGGGCUCUUCAUUUUAUGGGGGUUCCCCUGGUUCAAAUUUCAUGUAUAAUGCUUCGCCUUAUUCAUAUAUUGGCCAACCUCCACCAUUCCCUGUUGUUCGACUUCGUGGUCUUCCCUUUGAUUGCUCGGAAGCUGAUGUGGCUGAGUUCUUCCAUAGUCUUGACAUCGUUGAUGUUCUUUUCGUCCAUAAGAAUGGCAGGUUCACUGGGGAAGCUUUCUGUGUUCUGGGCUAUCCUCUCCAAGUUGAAUUUGCUCUUCAGAGGAAUAGGCAGAACAUGGGCCGGCGAUAUGUUGAGGUUUUCAGAAGCAAGAGGCAGGAGUAUUAUAAGGCUAUUGCUAAUGAAGUUUCAGAUACUCGUGGUGGUUCACCUCGCAGAACUGCCCCAAAGGCAAAAUCUAAUGAUGAAGGAAAAGAAUCAGCUGAGCAUACAGGGGUAUUGCGAUUAAGGGGAUUGCCAUUUUCAGCUAGCAAGGAAGAUAUUAUGGAUUUCUUUAAAGAUUUUGUGCUGUCAGAAGACUCAAUUCAUAUGACAGUUAAUUCAGAAGGGAGGCCAACAGGGGAAGCAUUUGUGGAGUUCACAAAUGCUGAGGAUUCAAAAGCAGCUAUGGCUAAGGAUAGAAUGACCCUUGGGAGUCGCUAUAUAGAACUGUUUCCCUCAUCACUCGAGGAGUUGGACGAGGCUGUUGCAAGAGGACGGUGACUUCUUUUUGGCCUUCUUACUUUCUUUGAUGUUUUGUACUCAUUGUUGUCUUUUAAUAUUAUUUUAGGUUUUGGAAUUGCGCUUUUGUAGUUUUACUUUGAGGUGGAAACAAUGAACUUUCAUUUCUUGUGUUGACAGAAGGAGAUAUUUGAUGUUUAGAAGCAAAUAGAAGCUAUGCAUAUGCUUAGACAGUA